AUGAUGCGGCGAGUGUCGAGUGUGUUUGGAGCGGCGGAGAUGCGGAGGAUGAAUUGGGUGGUGGUGGUGGUGUCGGGAGGAAGAGACUGCGUGUCGGCGGCGUUUGUGUGUGUCGUGAUGCGGGUGGAGGGCGGGAUGAGGAUUAGUGUGCAAAGGCAGUUGGCAGCGUUGGUGGUGAGGGCGUUAGACGCGUUGGUGGAGAGCGUGGACGUGCAAGCUGUGUUGUUGGGCGGCAUGGAUGGAUUGGGUGCGCAGGAAGCAAAGGCAGUUGGCAGCGUUGGUGGUGAGGGCGUUAGACGCGUUGGUGGAGAGCGUGGACGUGCAAGCUGUGUUGUUGGGCGGCAUGGAUGGAUUGGGCAAAGGCAGUUGGCAGCGUUGGUGGUGAGGGCGUUAGACGCGUUGGUGGAGAGCGUGGACGUGCAAGCUGUGUUGUUGGGCGGCAUGGAUGGAUUGGGUGCGCAGGCGGAUGCGGCGAGUAUCGAGUGUGUUUGGAGCGGCGGAGAUGCGGAGGAUGAGUUGGGUGGUGGUGGUGGUGUCGGGAGGAAGAGACUGCGUGUCGGCGGCGUUUGUGUGUGUCGUGAUGCGGGUGGAGGGCAAAGGCAGUUGGCAGCGUUGGUGGUGAGGGCGUUAGACGCGUUGGUGGAGAGCGUGGACGUGCAGGCUGUGUGGUUCAGCGGCAUGAAUGGAUUGGGUGCGCAGGCGAGCGUGGCAGGUAUGCGUAGGAUGCGGCGAGUGUCGAGUGUGUUUGGAGCGGCGGAGAUGCGGAGGAUGAGUUGGGUGGUGGUGGUGGUGUCGGGAGGAAGAGACUGCGUGUCGGCGGCGUUUGUGUGUGUCGUGAUGCGGGUGGAGGGUGGGAUGAGGAUUAGUGU